GUGAGGUCUCACUCUGUCACCUAGGCUGGAGAGCAGUGGGGCAAUCUCAGCUCAGUGCAGCCUCUGCCCCCCAAGCUCAAGCAAUCCUCUGCCUCAGCCUCCUGAAUAGCUGGGACUACAGGCACGUGCCACCACUCCCAGCUAAUUCUGUAAUUUUUGUAGAGACAGGGUUUCACCAUGUUGCCCAGGCUGGUCUCAAACUCCUGACCUCCAGCAGUCCAUUCACCUUGGCCUCCCAAAGUGCUGGCAUUACAGGCAUGAGCCACUGUGCCCAGCCUAUUUUAAUUGUUUUUUGAGACAGGGUCUUGCGCUGUUGUCCAGGCUAGAGUGCAGUGGCACGAUCACUGCUCACUGCAGCCUUGAACCCCCAGGCUGAAGUGAUCCUGGCACCAAGCAGGUGGGACUACAUUGCCACUGUGCUCAGCUAAUUUUUAAAAUUUUGGUAAAGACAGGGUCUUGCCAUGGCCUGCCCAUGCCAAGAUCCGGUCCCAAAGUGAUAUAUUUUUAAAGGGUAGUUGGCACUACCAGGCACAGUGGCUCAUGCCUGUAAUCCCAACACUGGCAGGCAGAGGUGGGUGGAUCAUCUGAGGUCAGGAGUUCGAGACCAGCCUGGCCAACAUGGCGAAACCCUGUCUUUACUAAAAAUACAAAAAAAAUUAGCCACAGUGGCAGGUGCCUGUAAUCCCAGCCACUGGGGAGGCUGAGGCAGGAGAAUCACUUGAACCCAGGAGGUGGAGGUUGCAGUGAGCCAAGAUCGUGCCACUGCACUCCAGCCUGGGCUGAACAGAGUGAGACUCUGUCUCAAAAAAUAAAUAAAUAAAUGGGUAGUUGGCACUAUCUAAUUAAGAAUACAAGUGAAGGAGUAACUAUUGGAUGGAGGAGGAUAGAAACAGAAAAGAGCAAUUGAAUUUAUUAAUUUGGAUGUCUGCUGACCAAUAAGAGCUUGGUUAGAUGUCAUAGUAGAAGCCCGAGGCCUGGCUCAGUGGCUCAUGCCUGUAAUCUCAGCACUUUGGAAGGCCAAGGGAGGAGGAUUGUUUGAGUCCAGGAGUUCAAGGCCAGCCUGGGCAACAUAGCAAGGCCCCGUCUUGCAGCCAGAGAGGUUAUUUGGACAAGAGGCACAUUGACCCAAUUUGGAGACAUAUUUUGGAAGGAGGUGUGAAAAAGACAGCAUGAACUUUACCCCAACACACACCCCUGUCUGCAGAAAGCGAACAGUUGUCUCCAAACGUGGUGUUGCCGUCAGUGGUCCCACCAAGAGGAGGGGAAUGGCAGAUUCACUGGAGUCAACCCCCUUGCCUUCCCCCGAAGAUCAUCUGGCCAAACUCCAUCCUUCUAAGGAGCUCCUGGAAUAUUAUCAAAAGAAGAUGGCUGAGUGUGAGGCAGAAAAUGAGGACUUGCUGAAUAAACUGGAACUCUACAAAGAAGCUUGUGAAGGACAGCAUAAACUUGAGUGUGAUUUGCAGCAGAGGGAGGAAGAGAUUGCUGAAUUGCAGAAAGCUCUAAGUGAUAUGCAGGUCUGCCUCUUCCAGGAACGGGAACAUGUUUUACGCCUCUACUCAGAAAAUGACCGACUGAGAAUCAGGGAGCUAGAAGACAAGAAAAAGAUUCAGAAUCUCUUGGCUCUUGUGGGAACAGAUGCUGGAGAAGUGACCUAUUUUUGUAAGGAGCCUCCUCACAAAGUCACCAUUCUCCAAAAGACUAUCCAGGCUGUAGGUGAAUGUGAGCAGAGUGAAUCUUCAGCUUUCAAAGCAGAUCCUAAAAUAAGCAAAAGAAGACCAUCGAGAGAGAGAAAAGAAAGUUCUGAGCAUUACCAAAGAGACAUACAGACACUCAUCCUACAGGUGGAAGCACUGCAGGCUCAGCUGGGAGAGCAGACCAAACUUUCUCGAGAACAAAUUGAAGGGCUCGUCGAGGACAGACGGAUUCACCUUGAGGAAAUACAAGUUCAGCACCAGAGAAAUCAGAACAAAAUCAAAGAGCUAACCAAAAAUCUUCACCACACCCAAGAACUGCUCUAUGAGAGCACCAAAGAUUUUCUGCAACUCAGAUCUGAAAACCAAAAUAAAGAGAAGUCAUGGAUGCUUGAAAAAGAUAAUUUGAUGUCAAAGAUUAAGCAAUAUAGGGUGCAGUGUAAGAAGAAAGAAGAUAAAAUUGGAAAAGUGUUGCCCGUUAUGCAUGAGAGUCACCAUGCUCAAAGUGAAUAUAUUAAGUCCCUAAAAGAUAAGUUAGUACAAGAGAAAAAGCUGUCCAAUAUGUACCAAGAGCAGUGCAUUUCCUUAGAAGAAGAACUUGCCCGAAUUCGUGAGGAAGAGGGAAUGAGGAGAGAGAUCUUCAAGGAUCGCACUAACAAGAUGGGGAAGCGUUUACAGAUAAUGACAAAACGCUAUGAGACAUUGGAGCGUCGACGUAUCCUGGAAGUAGAAGGCUUUAAGACAGAUAUUAAAGUUCUCCGACAGAAACUGAAAGACUUGGAGCAAAUGUUGUAUAAGGCAACAGUUAAUGCCCGGGCAAACCAGGAUCUUGCCCUUCUGUGUGAGGUCCGUGACAGCAAUAGACGGGCACAUAAGAUACAAGGAGAACUGAAGAAUCUUAAGUCGAAAGUGUUUGGUCUGGAGAAUGAACUUAGACUCUGUUGAUGUCUACUUUUGGAAAUGGCCCCCAUUUAGAAGAGAUGUGCUUCUUGAAACCUGAGGACAAGGUCAUCUGCUGCCAGAAAAUGUAAACCUGAGUUGACUAGAGUGGUGGUAUUCAUUAUUGUAAAGACAGCUUGAAGAAUCGGGGACCACUAGGAAAGCUUUUCUUGCAUACUCAGCUUACUUUAUCAUUUUUGCUGUCCUUUUAACAUUUGCGAGGAGUAGGGGCCUGGUCCUGAGUGACUUGGAGGCUUUCAUUAUUUAUCCUGUCUGUAUUGACCGGUUUUUGUUUUUUCAGAAGGCAGUGAUGAUGAAAACUUAGGAAGAAGGUAUUUUGCAUUAAGCUUGGCUGAGUGUCCAUGGGAAGAAUACUUUCCCUAAAGAGAGAGAAGCACUCACAGAGGCUGCCUUUCUCCUGAGCUCGGGGAGAAGGCAGCACAUCACAACCUGUCACAUUGAAAUAGGCGCUCAUUCUGCUGUUUCACCUUCCGUCAUGAGCAGAGCCUGAAUUACGUUUUUGGGCAAUUUCAUGGUGUUUCACCAGAGGGCGCUAGAGACUCAAACGAAAUGUCCAUCUGGAAAGAUUAAGGAGACACUUUGCCAAGGGGAUGAAACUGAGAUGAUGCUUGUAUGGAAAGUUUGAUAUUUUUAUCAGUAACAUGGCUUCUGAAAAAUGAUGUAUAUAUUUUAAAUUAACUAUUUUCAAUAAAAUAUUUCAUUCAAAA